AUGAGUAACCCAUUUAAUUCGUCGGAAUAUAUUAAAGGAGACAAUGAGCAUAAAAGUGGAUAUGAAGAAAUGAAAGAAUAUACGAAUGUUAAUAAAAAUAUAAAUCUUAAUGAAUAUACAAAAGACCAUAUUAAUAUUAAAGAUGAUCAUGGGAUAAUUAAAAAUGAUAGGAAAGAAUGUAAAGAUUCUCACCCUGAAAGUCAGGACAUGUGUAAUGUUAGUAACAAACAUUAUAUAUCAGCUAAUCAUAUGGAAAGUAUAAAAGAACAAAAUGUUACACACCAGAUGAAUGAAACAUUAUUACAUAAUAAAAUGUAUAAUGAAGAGGAGAAUAAUAUAUUAAGUAAUAUAACACAAUAUCGAAAGAAUGAUCAAAAUGAGCAGAAAAUAAAUGAUUCGGAUGACAUUUUAAUAAAAGAGAGUAGAAAUAAUUAUCAUAAUAAUAAUGAAAAUAUUCAAAUGAAUAAUAUAAAUGAUGAACUAAUUAGAGAUGUUUCAGAUGUCUCUAAUUAUGAACAAGAUAAAAUGAACGUGUGUGAUGAAGCAAAGAAAAAUGAAGUAUUGUCGUCUUAUAUUUCAUUGAAUGAUGAAAAUUCAGAAAGGGAAAUUAAACUGGGUAUAUCUAUUAAUUGUAACAGUACAAAAGGAACAAAUGAAACAAAUAAAAUAAAUGGAAUAGAUGACAAUAAUGAUGAUAAUAAUGAUGAUAAUAAUGAUGAUAAUAAUAAUGAUGAUAAUAAUGAUGAUAAUAAUGAUGAUAAUAAUGAUGAUAAUAAUAAUGAUAAUAAUAAUGAUAAUAAUAAUGAUAAUAAUAAUGAUAAUAAUAAUGAUAAUAAUAAUGAUAAUAUUCAUAAUAAUAUUUUUAAUAAUAUUCAUAAUAAUAUUCAUAAUAAUAUUUAUAAUAAUAGUUCAUGUUAUGAACUAAAAUAUAUUAUGGAAGAAGAUAAGGAAAAAAAUAAUAAUAUCGUCACACAACAAAGUAUUAAUUAUGAAGAUAACGAAAUUAAAAAUAAUUCUAAUUAUGUUAAAGAAAGUGAUAAAAAUGUUGUAGAUACAAAAAUAGACAACAUAAAUUUUGUCAAUCAGGAAACUGAAAUAUGUAAUGAAUCAGAUGUAAAUAAUAACAAUAUUAAUGAUAUUAGAAAUAAUUCAAACGUAUUAGAUGUUGUUAAUAAUAAUAUAUCAUCAAAUAGUCCUAUGUUACCAAAUGUUGAUAUUUCAUCAAACGAUGAAGUAAAACAAAAUUGUGAUAAUUUAAAUAACUAUAUUAUUAAUGAUACCAUAGACAACAAACAAGAACAAUAUAAUAAUAACGAAUCAUCUAUUAUGAUAAACACAGAUAAUUAUAGCAACAACAAUUCCAUCUUGAAUAACGAAAAUGUAUAUGACACUAUAGAUGAUGAACCCAAACAAAUUUGCAGUGAUAGCGAUACAUAUACAUACAAUAAUAUGAAUAAUAACGAUGUAGAAAAUAUAACAAAUAAUGUAGAGGUGUAUAAAAAUGAUUUUACUAUGAUGAACGAACAUUUUGUAGAGAACGCAAAUUAUCAUGAUGAUAAGGGUGACCAACUAAAUAUUCAGGAUGAUAAUUUAUGUAUAAAAAAUGAACCAACAUCCUUUUCUCAAGAUAACGAAAAUGUGAAUGCAUCAAAUAAAGUUAUCAUUUCUUCUGAGAUGGAACAAAAUGUAAUGAACGAUGAACUGAAGAACGAUCAUGUAAUAAAUAAAGAAACAAAUGAACAUCAAGAUAAAAAUAAUAUGAUAUCACAUCAAAAUGAAAGUGAGCAACAUGAAAUAUGUAAUGACAUAAAUGAAUAUAAUAAUAAUAAUAAUAAUAAAAGUAUAAGGAAUCAAAAUGAUGAAAAUGAUUUUAUGAAUAAAAAUAUUAAUACAACAGAAAAUGAACAAAUCAAACAUGAACGUACAAUAAAUAAAUCCAACGAAACAUAUCAUACAUGUACAAUUAAUAAAAUUGAAGAACAUAUUGUAUCAAAUAAAAUGAAUCAUGAACACAUUGAACAAAAAGGAAGUAAUGACACAGUGAUAUAUGAUGUUGUAAACAACGAAAGGGACACAAAUAACAAUAAUAAUAUGAAAAAUAUGAAAAAUGUGAAAAAUGUGAAAAAUGUGAAAAAUGUGAAAAAUAUGAAAAAUAUAAAAAAUGAUAUGGAAAAUAUAGUGAAAAAGAUUAGCCAAGAUACCGUUAUUGUUGAUGUUAAUGAUGAAUUAUUAGAUCCUAACAUAAAUAAUGAUUUUAUAAAAAAAAAAGUUAGUGAAGAUACUAUUGUCAGUGCAAUUCAGAGUGAAAGGAAAGAGGGGAAGAAAAAUAAAAGAGCAGCCAAUAAAAUAAAUGAACAAAAGGUGUUGACACCUACGAAAGGUUUUGUGAAUGACAUGAGUUAUGUAGGAACUGUAGGUCAGGCGAGGCAAGCAAGCAAAAUGAUACAAAUGGAUCCAAUGAUACAAAUGGAUCCAAUGAUACAAAUGGAUCCAAUGAUACAAAUGGAUCCAAUGAUACAAAUGGAUCCAAUGAUGCAAAUGGACCCAAGGAUACAAAUGGAUCCAAGGAUGCAAAUGGAUCCAAAGAUACAAAUGGAUCCAAAGAUACAAAUGGAUUCAAUGAUACAAAUGGAUCCAAAGAUACAAAUGGAUUCAAUGAUACAAAUGGAUCCAAAGAUACAAAUGGAUCCAAAGAUACAAAUGGAUCCAAUGAUACAAAUGGAUCCAAUGAACCAAAUAAACCAAUCCAACCAGAUGAAUCAUAUAAAUUAUAUAAACCAAAAUAACCAUAUAAACAACAUAUAUCACAUGUCUAGUUCUAAUCCUGUUGAGGAUGAAUACAAGUCCAACCUCAUGAAUAAUAUGAAUAGCUACGUUACAAUGAAUGAUUUCAACGGAGAUAUGGAUUGUAAGUAUGCACAAAGCGGAAGGAAAGAUUUUAUGAGGAAUAGAGGGAAGGUAGAACAAAUUAUGAAUAUGAACAAUGAGAAAUAUUUACAAUGGUUUGACACAAUUUACACGGUAUGUGUAAAAUUGGAUGAUUUGUGUUGUAGGUUGAGUGGUACAUUUCCUCAUUCAAUGAAUAUAUGGGAAAGAGAAGGGAAAAUUAAUAUGAAUACAUUAAAAUCAGCAUUUUAUAAAUAUGAAGAUAUGAAAUUGAAUUUAAAUAAUAAUGAUGAAGAGAAUAAUAAGUCUGUUAUGAUGAGUCCGAAUUAUACAGCAAGUAAUAAUGUAGAUUCUUCUAUUGAUGAUGCUUAUAUGAAAUUUAAUUAUAUGUCUCCAAACAUAAUUAAUAAAAAUGAUGAUAUAAAAAUAAAAAGAAUAAAAAAAUAUAAUAUAAAUCAUAUGGAUGAUAGUAACAUAUCAAUGUAUACGAAAAAUUCUAUUAAUAAACAAUUAAACUUAACAAAUAAUAACAGAAAAAAUUACGGAUCAAAUGAUCCUUAUACUACUGUCGAAAAUUAUACACCUAUGGAUAAUAUAUCUCAAAUGGAAAAUUGCCCACAAAUCGAUAAUUAUACUUCUAAUAUAAUAGAUCCAAAUGUUUGUAAUAAUUUUAUAAGUUGUAAUAAAAAUAACAAAAUAAAUCAAAAUAAAAAUAAUAAAGUCAUGAAUACAAAUUCUGUUCAUGAUUAUGUAAUACCUAAUGAUUUAUAUAAUAUAGAAAAUAUAAAUAUCAUAGGAAAUAAUACUGCACAUAAUGAAAAGGGAAAAAGAACAAGGAGAAAAUCCUCAGACAAAAAUAUCAAAGCUGGAAAACUUACUAAAGAAGAAGAAUUGGAACUUUUGAAAUUAUAUAAUAAUGAAAAUAACAUAUCAAAUAUAGCAAGCAUACAAAAUAAUAUCACAAAUAAUAUAAUAACUAACGGAAAAUAUUCUAAUGAUUUAUUUUUUCAUCAAAAUGGAUUUAAUAAUUGUUCUUUAUACAAUGAAGAAAAUAAAAUGAAUUGUUCAGAAACUCUAAAUAUAGUACCAAGUAACCAUAACAAUAAUAAUAUUAUGUGUUCAAACAACCAUAUCAAUAUGCUUCCAAUGAAUAAUAAUCUAAUUAAUUACAAAGAUGAAAAUACAAGUACUACUAAAAAAGGAAAAAAAGGAAAUAGAAAAAUAAAUGCUACAAAAAAUAUAGAAAAAAAAACACCUAAAAAAAAUAACACAGUAAAUAGAACUAACAAUAAAGUUAUCAAAAAUGAAAGCGAAUUUGAAUACCUAUUAGAAUUAUCCGACAAAGAAGGACCUAAUCUAGAUAAUCCAGAAGAUUUAAAAUGUGAUGUAGCUGGAGUAUACUGGGAUAAGAGAAGUUGGAUAGCAUCAUGGUAUGACAAUGGAAAACGUUAUUAUAAAUCUUUCUCUGCAAAAACACAUGGGUUCUAUAAAUCAAAGUUUUGGGCUAUUAAAGUUAGACUCUCAAAGGUUAAGGGACAAACCAUUUUUGGAAAAAACAGCAGAAAAAAUAAAAAUAACAAGACGGAUGCGGAUAAUACAAAUGGAAAUAACAACAAUGUGAAUAAUGCCCAUGCAAGUAAUAUAAUCACAGCGAAUAAUUUAAAUAAUGUGAACAAUUUAAACAAUGUGAACAAUUUAAACAAUGUGAACAAUUUAAGCAAUGUGAACAAUUUAAACAAUGUGAACAAUUUAAACAAUGUGAACAAUUUAAACAAUAUAAAUAAUAAUACAAAUAUUAGUAGCACAAAUAUGACUGGUUCCUCCUUAAAUAGUCCUCUCUUGAACGGAGUACAUAUGAACAACAUCCAUAUGAACAGUAUUAACAGAAAUAAUUUAAAUAUGAAUAAUAUCAAUAUGAACAACAUAAAUAUGAAUAAUGUAAAUGACAUGAACAAUGUAAAUAUAAAUAACCCAAAUAUUAUUAAUGAUAAUCAUAUGCCUUAUCACAACCCUAUUAUGCCAGUUAAUAAUAACAUCCCCCUUAAUAAUUUAUAA